GUAGGGAGAUGUUUCUAAAUUUGGUAAUUAUUCCUCCAUAGAAAAAUUUGACGUGGGUAAGUUUCUUAUUAGCUUCAUAUACUUAAGGUUGCUAUUUCCUCUACUAAAGCAAGAAAGCAGAUGAGCUGUUCUACUAGAAACUACGUAAUACAUAUACAUUUCACGUGAAGUCAGAGCAAAUCAUUGCUAGCUAGUUAUUCCGGACUAAGCAGCAUUUACUUACAAGUAUGGGAUUCUUCUUCCUCGCUAUUGAGAACUACUUUAGUCGUACACAAGAGUAUCACCAUAGAAUUAUAAAUGACGACAACAUUGUUUUAGUACUCCACUGUGGCUAUGUUGCCAAGAAAGCUUAAAUUUGAAUCUUUGAUUCCCUCAGUUUUCCACAGUUACCUUGGCAAUAUACUUAGCUGCAAGAUCAAGCACAGAUAAGUUGCACCGUAUUUAUAUUUGCUAAUAAAGAUAUUUGAGCACGUUCCGGACCUAACCCACCGUCGGUGCCAUGUGUGUGUCCCCUUGCGGCGCAUUACCUAAUCAGUUAAUUUCCCCAACAGAUUUCAAUAACAAUACUCCGAUUAACACAAAAACGUUUUCCGUUAGGUCACGUGCGAUUGUGAUAUAAAAUUUUUCAAUUACUUAUAUAUCAGUUUCUUUUUUUGCAUCUUUGUUGAUAAUUAUUAGUUUCUUCUUCUUUCUUAUUGGUAAGAUCAAAUUUCAACAUGCCUAUCCCUACUCCACACGGUGGUCAACUUAACGACCUUAUCAUUCGUGAUGCUCACAUUAAACAAAACUUGUUGCAAGAAUCUGCAACCUUACCAUCAAUCACAUUGACUGCAAGACAGUUAUGUGAUUUGGAGUUGAUCCUUAACGGGGGGUUCUCUCCAUUAGCUGGUUUCCUCAACGAAGAUGAUUACACUAGUGUUGUUAAUGAUUUGCGUUUGUCCAGUGUCAAAGGUGCUAACGGUAAGGGUCUUCUUUGGCCAAUUCCAAUCACUUUGGAUGUUAAUGAACAAACUGCUUCCAGUUACGCUAAUGGCUCCAGAAUCGUGUUGAGAGAUUUACGUGAUGAAACCCCAUUAGCUAUUUUAACUGUGGAAUCUAUCUAUAAACCAAACAAAGCUGUUGAAGCUGAAAAGGUUUUCAGAGGUGACCCAGAACAUCCUGCUGUUAAGUAUUUAAUCGAAACUGCUGGUGAUUACUAUAUUGGUGGUAGCUUACAAGGUAUCAACUAUCCAAGACAUUACGACUACGUUGAAUCCAGAAAGACCCCAACUGAAUUAAGAGCUGAAUUCGAACAAUCCGGCUGGAGUCAACAAAACAUUGUUGCUUUCCAAACCAGAAACCCAAUGCACCGUGCUCACAGAGAAUUAACUAUCCGUGCUGCUCAAGAUAUUGGUGAUUCUGCCCACAUCUUAAUCCACCCAGUUGUUGGUUUAACCAAGCCAGGUGAUAUUGACCAUCACACCAGAGUCAAGGUUUACCGUGAAAUCUUGAAGAAGUUUCCAGAAGGUGUUGCUACCAUGUCCUUAUUGCCAUUGGCUAUGAGAAUGGGUGGUGACAGAGAAGCUUUAUGGCAUGCAUUGAUCAGAACAAACUAUGGUGUUGACCACUUCAUUGUUGGUAGAGAUCAUGCUGGUCCAGGUAAGAAUUCUGCUGGUGUUGAUUUCUACGGUCCAUAUGAUGCUCAAGAAUUAUUGGCUAAAUAUGAUGAUGAAUUAAACAUCAAGAUUGUUCCAUUCAGAAUGGUCACUUACUUACCUGAAGAAGACAGAUAUGCUCCAAUUGACACUAUUGACACUACCAAGGUCAAGACUGCCAAUAUCUCUGGUACUGAAUUAAGAAACAGAUUGCGUACUGGUGAUGAAAUCCCAGCUUGGUUCUCAUACCCUGAAGUCGUUAAGAUUUUAAGAGCUACCAACCCACCAAGAUCAAGACAAGGUUUUGCCAUUGUUAUUGAUAACUCACAAAAAUUAGGUGAAUACUUAACUCACGCUUUACAAGCUACCUUGAACCAAUUCCCAGGCGACAGAAGAAUUACCACCAUUAACGAUUCUCAAAUUAAUGAUGUUAACAUUAUUGGCGAAUUAGUAAAGGCCGGUAGUGGUGUUAUUAUCCCAACCGGUAACGCCAAGUCUAUUGUUGAUGUUGUUGGUAAUGGUAACUCUCUUGUCGUUAACUAUGGUAACGGGGAUGCUAAACAAGGUGAAUUUAAUUUGGGACAACAAGAUUUGGUUGUUGUUAUUGAUGAAAUCGUUAAUUAUUUAAAACAACAAGGUUUCUACUAGUGAAUGUACAUAGAUUGAGCUAUCAUCAACCAACAUUUAGUUAGAUUUGUAUUAAUGUUUAAGUUAUUUUAUUAAUUAUUAUAGACUUGAUUGUU